CCGUCACCAUACCAGGUGAACCUGGUCUACGUGUAAAAGACCUACGUUUUCUACAGUGGGUGUCUGAUACAUGGUAUGCCCAAAGUGUCUACUCUCAUUUCUACUCAAAAGCGACGAACAAAACUUGUACUUGCCCUCUCCUUGAUGAAGCCGUGUAGCUGAGGACCAUGUUUUCCGAUGAAUCAGUGCAUCAGGAGAACGUAAUUCAGAGUCUUCGGGAUGAGACAGUGCAUAUGCAGAAGAAGACUUUCACGUGUUGGGCAAAUGGUCACCUGAAGAAGGCGAGACUAAAGAUAAAGGACUUGUUCAAAGACCUGGCUAAUGGCAAGAUAUUGAUGAAACUGCUGGAGAUCCUCUCAGGCCAGAGUCUCGGUACACCCAACACCGGACAAAUAAGGGUGAAGAAAGUAGAGAACCUGAACAAAUGCCUUACGUUCCUUCAAUAUGAGAGAAAGGCUCGCCUUACGAAUAUUAGUGCUGAAGAUAUCAUUAAUGGGAACCCUCAUCUGAUUCUGGGUCUAAUCUGGACCAUCAUCCUUGUCUUCAAUGUCCAGGAGAUCACAAUGCAAGUGGAUGAGGGGGAGGAGAAUAGUGAGAGGAGAUCAGCAAAGGAUGCCCUGUUGCUGUGGUGUCAGAGGAAGACUGAGGGCUACCCUGGAGUCAAAAUCACAAACUUCACCAACAGCUGGCGAAAUGGCUUGGGUAAAUUCUAA